CACCCAGAGCUGUAGCCGUACCUCACUAAAUGCUGUAAUAAUGUGUUAUUGGUGUACUAAAUUAUGUGACCGCGUGUUGACCCCGAGGGACCAGGGCACAUAGGUGUGGACAUGCAGGUGAACACUCGUCCCUUCUCGUCUAAAUGCAGACUGUCACGAGCCUUAGUUGCUGGAAUACAUUUUCCUUGAGGAGAUUAUUCUCGGUCGGGAGAUGUGAGUGGUUGCAGAAGAAUGACUUUCUUGUUCGUCAGAGUGGUGGAGCGGGUGGUGGUGGAGAACGCCGACUGGCUGGCUGUCGUCCCCUACUGGGCCACCUGGCCUUUUCAGACGCUGCUGUUGCCACGGAGACACGUCUUACGACUCACAGACCUCACCAGCCAGGAGAGAGACAGUCUGGCCUCCAUAAUGAAAAGACUCCUGACCAAAUAUGACAACCUCUUUGAGAUCUCCUUCCCGUACUCGAUGGGCUGGCAUGGUGCCCCCACCGGUGCCCACCUGACGGAGGACAUGUCUCACUGGCAGCUGCACGCCCACUACUACCCGCCCCUGCUGCGCUCCGCCUCCGUGCGCAAGUUCAUGGUGGGGUACGAGAUGCUGGCGCAGGAGCAGAGAGACCUCACACCCGAGCAGGCAGCGGAGAGACUGAGGAACCUUCCAGAAGAGCACUACAAGCACAAGAAGAUGGAGGGCCAUGAAGGGAAGCCAUAAGCAUGGCCAACUAAUCAUUAACCCUAGGUUUUAAUGGCCAACUAAUCAUUAACCCUAGGUUUUAAUGGCCAACUAAUCAUUAACCCUAGGUUUAAUGGCCAGCUAAUCAUUAACCCUAGGUUAACCCUAACCAUUUAAAAUGAUUUAUGUGAUUAUGAUGUGAUUUCUAAGGGAAAAAGAGACAAUGUCAUGUUCUUCAAUAUGUAGUAAAAGGAAGAUAAUUGUUGUCUUAUUAAAAAAAUGAUGCAGCUAUGAUGGUGUUGAUGGUUUUGAUCACUUAUGAAGUUACCAAAGGCUUCUGCACAGGAGGCUGGGAUAAACUGCUAACACACAACAGCUAUAGGUGCUGCUAUAGGUGCUGCUGGCACAACGUGAACACAACAGCUAUAGGUGCUGCUGGCACAAUGUGAACACAACAGCUAUAGGCGCUGCUGGCACAAUGUGAAGUGGAAUGACUGAAACACCUUGUGUUUGAGCCAGCCGUGAGUUCACACACAAACCUGCUACGUCACGAGGCGUGUACGACUCGAGUGACGCCAGAGCCCAGUUUAGGUGUAUGUCUUGACCUGAGUGCUGGAACUGAGCAGCUGGCAUUGAGGAAGUCAGUCACUCUUGUCCGGGCCAGUGUGAUAAGAAAGCUCUUCUAAAUGAGCUGAAGAAAGCGAACAGACCAGCUGCAGAUGUGCAGUUCACCUCCACACCUCCACACCUUAGCUGACCUCCACCGCUGCAGAUGUGCAGUUCACCUCAACACCUCCUCACCUCCACACCUUAGCAGAUCUCCUCUCUCUGAGCGAACAGACCGCUGCAGAUGUGCUCCACACCUCCACCACUCCACACCUUAACUGACCUCCACCGCUGCAGAUGUGCAGUUCACACCUCCUCACCAUAGCUGAUCUCCUCUCUCUGUGGCUAAUGGGUUUAGCGCUGAGCAGGCUGAGGAAACCAUGGGGAUAGAGAGAGAGAGGAGGGGCUGGGCCAACAAACAAACAAACAAAGCAUUAUCCAAAAACAAACAGGCCGGAUUUAAAUAAAGUUAAUUAAUGGAAACCACUAAUGGAUUUGAAUGAAAUAAAAAAAAAAACGUUGGAGUUGUU